AUGGGCCCCACCCCAGGAGCAUUCCAGGACCCAGACUGCGGGCGUCCUGAAAGCUCUGCCCGCAUCAUGGGGGGCUCAGAUGCACAACCAGGCACCUGGCCUUGGCAGGUGAGCCUGCAUCACAGAGGGGAGCACGUCUGCGGGGGCUCCCUCAUAGCUCCCUCUUGGGUCCUCUCCGCUGCCCACUGUUUUGUGGAGAACGGGACGUUGGAGCCUGCGGCCGAAUGGUCCGUAGUGCUGGGCGUACAUUCCCAGGACGGGCCUUUGGACGGCGCGCAUGUCCGCGCAGUGGCCGCCAUCCGGGUGCCAGACAACUACAGCAACGUGGAACUGGGCGACGAUUUGGCCCUCCUGCGCCUGACCACACCCGCCAACCUGGGCCCCACCGUGAGGCCCGUCUGCCUGCCGCGCGCCUCGCACCGCUUGGCUCACGGCACCGCUUGCUGGGCCACGGGCUGGGGGGACAUCCAGGAGGCGGAUCCUCUGCCUCUGCCCUGGACGCUACAGGAAGUGGAGUUAAGGCUGCUGGGACACACUGCUUGUCAGUGUCUCUACAACCGACCUGGCCCCUUCAACCUCACCUUUCAGCUAUUGCCAGGGAUGCUGUGUGCUGGCUACCCAGAGGGCCGCAGAGACACCUGCCAGGGUGAUUCUGGGGGGCCCCUGGUCUGUGAGGAAGGUGGACGCUGGUUCCAGGUGGGAGUCACCAGCUUUGGCCUUGGCUGUGGACGGAGGAACCGACCAGGAGUCUUCACUGCUGUGGCUCCCUAUGAGGCAUGGAUCCGGGAACAGGUGAUGGGCUCAGAGCCUGGGCCUGCCUUCCCUGCCCAGCCCCAGGGGCCCCAGUCAGGUCCCCGGGAGCCCACAGAAGAGAACUGCACCAUCGCUCUGCCAGAGUGCGGGAAGGCCCCGCGGCCAGGGGCCUGGCCCUGGGAGGCCCAAGUGAUGGUGCCCGGUUCCACACCUUGCCAUGGGGCGCUGGUUUCUGAGAUCUGGGUCUUGGCACCUGCUAGCUGCUUUCUAGACCCCAUCAACUCCGACAGCCCGCCCCACGACCUCGACGCUUGGCGCGUGCUGCUGCCCUCGCGCUCGCGCCCGGAGCGGGUAGCGCGCCUCGUGCCUCAUGAGAAUGCCUCGUGGGACGACGGCUCAGACCUAGCGCUGCUGCAGCUGCGCGCGCCCGUGAACAUAAGCGCGGCCCCGCGGCCCGUGUGCCUACCCCAUCCGGAACACUAUUUCCUGCCUGGGAGCCGCUGCCGCCUGGCUCGCUGGGGCCGCGGGGAUCCCGCACCUGGCCCCAGCGCGCUGCUGGAGGCGGAGCUGUUGAGCGGCUGGUGGUGUCACUGCCUCUACGGCGGCCAGGGGGCGUCAGUGCCGCCGCCGGGAGACCCGCCGCACGCGCUCUGCCCCGCCUACCAGGAGGAGGAGGAGGCGGGCCGCUGUUGGAACGAUUCUCGCUGGAGCCUUCUGUGCCGGGAGGCAGGUACCUGGUUCCUGGCUGGGAUCAGAGACCCCUCGAGUGGCUGCCUACGUCCCCGAGAUUUCUCCCCUCUGCAGCCCCACGGCCCAUGGAUCACCCAUGUGACUCGGGGAGCCUACCUGGAGGACCAGCUGGUCUGGGACUGGGGCCCUGAGGGGAAGGAGACAGAGACACAGACUUGUCCCCCGCACACAGAGCAUGGUGCCUGUGGCCUUCGGCCAGAGACUUCUCGGAUGGGAGUCCUAUGGCCCUGGCUGGCAGAGGUGCAUGUGGCUGGUGAUCGAGUCUGCACUGGCAUUCUCGUGGCCCCACGCUGGGUCCUGGCAGCCACUCACUGUGUCCUCAGACUGGGCUCUACAAUGGUGCCCUAUAUCCAAGUGUACCUGGGCCGGGCAGGGGCCAGCCCCCUCCCACAGGGCCACCAGGUGUCCCGCCUGGUCAUCAGCAUCCGCCUGCCCCGGCACCUGGGACUCCGGCCCCCUCUGGCCCUCCUGGAACUGAGCUCCCGGGUAGAGCCCUCCCCAUCAGCUCUGCCCAUCUGCCUCCACUCAGGGGGUAUCCCUCUGGGGGCCAGCUGCUGGGUGCUGGGCUGGAAGGACCCCCAGGACCGAGUCCCUGUGGCUGCUGCUGUCUCCAUCCUGACACCACGACUCUGUCACUGCCUCUAUCAGGGCAUUCUGCCUCCCGAGACUUUCUGUGUCCUGUAUGCAGAGGGGCAAGAGGACAGGUGUGAGGUAACCUCUGCACCCCCACUCCUCUGCCAGACGGAAGGAGGCUCCUGGGUCCUUGUGGGCAUGGCUGUUCGAGGGAGCCAGGAACUGUUUGCUGCCAUUGGCCCUGAAGAGACCUGGAUCUCCCAGACAGUGGGGGAGGCCCACUUCCUGCCCCCCAGUGGCUCCCCUAACUGGCCCCCUGAGGGCAGUGACCUCUGUCCUCCAGACAUGGCGAGGGCCUCAGGCUCCCCUAAGGCUGCUUUGUUCCUGCUGCUGCUGACCCCUCUGAUCCAGAGCUGAUUGGCCUGGGUCCUUGCGUCACUACUCUUUUUACCCCCUCUCCUUGCCCCCAGCCCUUCUCUGGAAUGUGGCCCAACCUGGAGAGCACCCACUCACCACCCCACUCACCUAGUCAGCUUCAGAUAAUUGGGCCUUGGUGCCUGGCUAUUUUGGGCCCAGGAAUUCUUGGGGGUGGCAGAAGGAGUAACAAUAAAGAUGUAAACAUUGACACGUGGUUGUGGCAUCUCUGAGGGCAAGUUGAAAGGUCCAGAGCACCCAGGGCUAGGGGAAGGCCCAAGGAAUUGGCCCCGCCCUCCCGGGGCCCCACUGUGAGUCAGGCCUUAAGCUCCCAGGAAAUGUGUCCCUGAUAAUGUGGCAGCAGUCCCUCAUUCCUGCCCCAGGAGGGGGAAGUUAGGCAGCCAGCUGGGUGUGUGUCAUCUCCCAGUGGAACCAGCAUCCACAGCAUCCUCUGGGUACCUCAGUGCUAGCUUGGAUCCUGCUGCCCUCCCCCCCAAAGCAGGAAGAAUAGGGGUUUCUGGAGUCUGGGAAUCCAGAGUCCACUGCCAUGUCCUGUACCCACAGGGAAACCCCCCCCACCAAGUACACCCUCAUGAGUGAUCCCUCAAAUGUAUACCCGUUGUCCGCCGGAAACACAUGAUACUUUGUACCCUCCAAGAGCCCCGUGCCCAGUACCCCAGGACUGGGGCCCCAUCAGAUGGGCCUUGUGUGCACAUCCCACUGCCUGAUCCACUGCUUACCCAUGCACCUCCCCACAGCAGUUCAACCAAUAUUCUCUGCCAACUACUGGCACAAUUGGGUCCAAUACAUAGGCCCAGAAAGUGCUCCUGAUCUAGUGAGGAACAGAUAUAUGAGUAUCCCCGGCCAGGGGUCAGGAAAGGCGUCAUGGUGGUGGUGUUAGAGCACAGAAAGAGGGCAACAUCUUUUCAUCACAUCUUUAGGUCUCAGCCCUAAAGGCACUUCCCUGAGGGUCUUUCAUGAUGCCGGCCAGGGUCCAGCACCUGUGAAUUUCCUCCCAGAACCCCCCGUUCUUGUCCAGUUUUAAUUCAUAAUCU